AUGAUGUUUAGAGUAAGUCUCUUUUCAUCUCUACUCGUUAAAAGCAAUUACAUUAACUCUGAAAUGAUUAUUUCGGGUAAAACAUUAACGGUGACUGAGGAAGAUGAUUUUGGUCAUAAUUUGAUUAACGACACACUUUUUGCUAAUCCAGAAAUUGACACACUAAUUACAAAAACUGCUGCAUUAUCUCCAUUAUACGCUAUCAAAGUUUCCCAUGUUAAAGUGGAAGGAGAAGCUGAUACAAUUCCAAAUGAAUUUCUUCGAGGAAAUGUUUAUCUCAAAACAGUGGAACUAUCCGAAAAUAUAACAAGACUUGGAGCAUAUUGCUUUGCCGAAACAUCUAUUGAAAAGAUUUCUUUCCUUAAUGAAUUAACUUUUUACACUUCUUCAACCUAUGGCAAUGAUGAUCUUGGUAAUGUAUUUUAUAACUGCUUUUCAUUAUCUGAAAUUACUAUCAAUGCUACAAUCAUUCCUCCUAAAUUUGCCUAUGGUUGUUCUAAUCUUACAAAAGUCACACUACUCGGAUCUGAAAUUUCAUUAGGCUCUAAUUCAUUUGCACAGUGUACAUCAUUGCAAUCAUUUGAUUUUACAAAUGUUAAAACAAUCGAUUCAUAUGCAUUUUCUUAUUCGGCUAUUGAGAAUGUUACAAUUCCAGAAAAUCUAACAACAAUUAAUCAAUAUGCUUUUGAGUAUUCAAUGUUACAAUCAUUUGAAUUAUAUGGAAAUAAAACAAAUAUUAAUUCUUAUGCUUUUCAAGGAACGCGACUUAAAACCAUUGAUUUGACACUUGCAAAAUCACUUGGAUCAGGUCUUUUAUCCCAGUGUAUUUUACUUGAGCACAUUGAUAUUGGAGAACAAGUUACAAGUAUUGGUGGUUAUUUCGCUGAAUAUUGUACUUCACUUGUUUCAGUCAAUGCUUCAUUUGUUGCUCAAAUUGGUCAGUAUGCAUUUUAUAACUGUAAAUCACUUGAAUCUAUUGUUCUUAUGAAUUAUUACGCUGAAACUGGUGGAUAUAUAAUUGGUAAAUAUGCAUUUGAAUUCUGCGAAAAAUUAGAUUUUACAUUCCAGAGUAGGGAUUACUAUAAUAUUGGUAGUUAUGCAUUUGGAUAUUGCUCUAAGAUAACUUUACCUAGAUUGAAUGAGGAAUCCGAGAUUAGCAGCUAUGCUUUUAUUGGCUGCGAAGGAAUAACAUCUCUGAAAAUCAACUACCAAUUAAGCCAAGGUUGCUUUAUGGGAUGCAUUAACUUAGAAGAAGUUGUUUAUGAAUAUGAGACCGAUAAAACUAUCCCAAUGUAUUGUUUCUGUAACUGUUCUAAACUCACAACUUUUACUGAUAAAGGAGAAAUUGAAAAUGUAGAAAAUUAUUCAUUUGCAAGUACCGGAAUAAAAGAAAUUGUUUUGAGCCAUGCAGAAAUAUCAGAAUAUGCAUUUGAAAAUAGCAAAAUUGAAGUUGUUACAUUUGCAUCCAUUAAAAAUUACUUAGCUUUCCAAAAUUGCAAACAUCUUGAGAAACUAAUCAUUAGUGAAUAUGCAGAUGGUGAAUCUAUUAACGCAGAGAAUUUCAGGGGCUUGGAAGAUAUUGAUAUUGAACUUGAAGCAGGUCAUCCAACAUUAAACAUCUGGAAUGAUAUUCUAUUGUACAAUUACUCACAAAUUGUUUUCCUUCUUCCUAAGUUUAGCACUAAGAAAUUAG